GUGUAAAUCAUCGUUUUUAUAUAUAUCAGAGUAUUACAAUAAAAAAAAAUCGGACUCUUAUUUUGUCAUUGUGCAUUAUCUUAACACGGAAACGAUAUGUUCAUUCUCACCCAUAAUAUUUGUAGCUUACAUGGGUCGUUUGUAUAAACAAAACAGAUCCGCCUAGCGUUUUGAGAAAUGUAAACUAUGUCGCCUCGUGUGCGCGUUACUAACACAUUCCAACGCUUUUGUCGUCGUUAUCAGCGCGUUUGAGCCCAACCCGCUUCGCGUAACGGCGCGUGCAGAGCGCUAAAUAACGGAAUUUAGCGAUCAAGACGGAACUGACAGUGCUGCGAAAACAUGGCAGAGUUGCACGUUGAGUCCAGCGCGACUGGCAUCCUCGAGCAGCCCGAUCAUUGUGUGAGUGUGAGACUGCCCUCACCCACCCUCAUGAUACCGACCCGGAGCGGCUUGUCCAGUCCGGGGGUCUCGGGUUCGAGAGCGGUGUUUGGGUUCCCUAUGAAGAGCAACCCCAGUUCCCCAUCGCCAGAAGCCACAGAGAAGCCAGGAUCUCGGUGGGUUCGACUCAAUGUUGGGGGAACCUACUUUGUCACGACGAAACAGACCCUGUGCAGGGACCCUAAAUCGUUUUUGUAUCGAUUAUGUCAGGAAGAUCCGGAUUUGGAUUCGGAUAAGGAUGAGACGGGAGCGUUUUUGAUUGACAGGGAUCCCACAUAUUUUGGACCCAUCUUGAACUACUUGAGGCAUGGGAAGCUGAUCAUCAACAAGAACCUCGCUGAGGAGGAUUCUCUGGCUACUGCAGGUGUUCUGGAGGAAGCAGAGUUUUAUAACAUUGCCUCACUUGUGCGGCUUGUAAAGGAAAGAAUACGAGACAAUGAAAACAGGACGUCUCAGGGCCCUGUGAAGCAUGUGUAUCGUGUAUUACAAUGUCAGGAGGAAGAGCUCACUCAAAUGGUGUCCACCAUGUCGGAUGGUUGGAAGUUUGAACAGCUUAUAAGCAUUGGCUCCUCCUAUAACUAUGGCAACGAGGACCAAGCAGAAUUCCUGUGUGUUGUUUCCCGGGAACUCAACAACUCAACCAAUGGAAUUGUCAUUGAACCAACUGAGAAGGCUAAGAUUCUUCAAGAAAGAGGGUCUAGGAUGUGAGAAGCCUGGUGCCUGCGCUUACACCGAUCUCCCAUCUUUUACUUCCCUUCUCCAGAUCCUCACUAUACAGCUGACUCCAAGUUCAUCAGAUCCUCUUCCCUCCCCCUUGUGCCUUUCCACUGUGGAGGUUUACGCCCCCUUCCUUUCUGUAGUGCUGCAACAUUAACCAGUCAGCACCGUUGCUAACUCACCGCUAUUUUGCAUCUGAGGUUAAACCCCUGAGGUUCAUAUUUGAUGCAAGACUGCUCAGAAAGGCUUACAGGGAAGGAUUUAUCAUUCAUCAUAAUGCUUAUUUAUGCAGCCGUCAUCAUAUCCUAAUCAUUGGCAUCGUAAUCUAUAAGGCGACUGGCUUUAAAGUCUAAGGGGCUGCAUUCAUACGACCGUAUUCUCCUCAGGACUUCCAAAGGUGUGCAAGAGAGACGCAGCAAAAGUCACCUCUCCGAUAUUCAGUAUAGCUUCUCUUAACAAGCACAUUAGCAACUGCUGUCUUGCAUCACAUUCAUUUCAAUAUCCACGUCUAAUUGUUCGAUCAGACCACGCAGCGGGUGGCACAAUGGACGAAAUGAAGACCGCCGCUUAUGAACAUUUAGCAUUUCAUCUCCGGAGUGGCAUUUUGUUAACUUAUAUACCCAUCUGGACAGGACCAGAGGAAAAGGGAAAACUCAUACUGCCAGUCGUCCGGUCAAAUGCACCACGUAAAGAAGUCACAUUUCCAAUUCCUGGGAAUAGAUUUUUUGCCUGCAUAUUUCAAAGCAUCAAAAUAGAAAAUGCAAAACAGAAGAUAUAUGUGGUUGUUGGGCAUGUGAGGAUUAUGUAUAUUACAACAUAUGUAUUACGAUGAGGCCGAAUGCAAGUGUAACUGUUGAUAUCUGUACCAUAGUGGUCGUUUUUUGUGUUUAUCAAGACAAGUUUCUCAAUUUAUCUGGGAGAGAUACUGAAUUAACCCUUAAUGUACUUUUAAAAUGCCUGGACGUGAGAUAUGUCUGUGUUUACCUUUAAACUCUGUAAAGGACUGGAAAAAUAGGAGAUGCCUUUUAUAGAGGUAUUAGGCUUAUAUAGUCCAGGUGGUUUAGUAGAACGCAUUAGUGGCUCGUUGUUUGACAUUUAACAUUCAAAUCUAGUUCUCCCCAUAAUACAGUUACAUUUUUGGCUAUUUAACUGUUCAACUUUAAAAAGAGUCUGAUCACAUCAGUGGAAUGUUGUUGAACGUAAAGGGCUCCAUUUAUUGUGGACGUAGAUUCUUGCCGUUGUUCCAAAAUGUAAUAUAUCAGUAUCUCUUCAGGUAAUUUGUUUUGUGUGUACUUCAUUUCGACAUUGAAGCUGGUAUUUUGUCUGCCCACAUUGUUUAACAUGACUCUUCUCUAGUAGCAGAUAAACUUGAUAAUUUUUUGUAAAAUAUACAUUGUGGAAUAUCUACUGUGACUAUGGAAGUGAUCGCAAAUGGACAAUAUUUGGAAAAAAACUCUUUGAACAGUAUCGUCCGGGUUGUAUUGACUAUUUGGUUGUUUAUAUCUAUUGCUAAACUGUUGAUGAUUGUAGGGGUCGGUCUAAGACGGUUGUAUGUGAUGUAUUUAUGGUCUGCAGUGUUUUAAAGUGUUGUCUUUCCCUCUCUUAGUACGUUAAAAGGUUUUUGCCUCUUUAUCGCAUCAAACGCCUGUUAUUUUGUUUAGCAUAUCAAGACUAAUUAUUCGAGUUUGUGAGCUACGCUUGGUUUGCCUGUCUUUAUGUGGCUGCCUUCCCUUCCUUUUUCUUUGUCUGUGUUAAUGUUUUCCCCCUCCUGGAGACAGUGUUUAUUUGUUCAACCCCAGUUGUUGGUCAAUGAAAGACCUUAUAAUGGGACCUUUUUGUACAUUUGUAUUGUUAACAGUUACAGAUAAGCAGAAUCCUGGAUUUAGAUCCAGAUGGCACUUUUUUGUCUCUGAUGUUUUAGUGUUGUGCCUUUGAUCUGUUACUCCCAUACGUUUAAUUUCUUACAGAUUUAUUCUUCCUAAAUACGGAUACAGGUUGAGAAACAUAUCAAUGGAGCAUAAUGGCCUGUUUACUCUUAUUUUGACUCUUAAAAAUUCUGUCCCUUGACUCGAAUACUGAAUGUGUUUUCCCCACAUUGUUUUUUGUUCUAGUGGUUUAUGUGCCUACCUAUCUGUAUUCAGACUUUUCACUCCUACCCCUUGCACUUUUACUUUGAGCUCUUAAUUUUGCACCUAUCUUUAUGUUCUCCCUGUGUGGAUUUUGUUCUAUUUUAAGAAUUGAACGCCAUGCAUGGCAUUAGAACAUGACAUUUGCAGUCUCAAGUUUAUUUAUGUUCAUGAAACUGAUAUGGUUGUCACAUUGACUGUUGCUUGUUACCCAGACUGAGGAAAUUUCAGCCUCCUCUCCACCAAACUUCAUCUGAGUUAGUUCUUGACGAAAACACGUUUUUCAAUUCCUUGUUUUGGAACGCUAAUUUGGAAGCAUGCAAUGUGUUAAGUAUAUAAUAUAUGUUAUAUGCUGGGCUUUUGACAUAUAGUGUAAAGGUUUAUGGGCGCAUGGUGGUUUGGAUAACAUUUAAGAAGUUAUAAUUGGAAAAAAAAACAAAAAUGUUUAGCAGGUUUAGACAGAAAAACUCUUCUGUAGACAAUGAAAUCACUAACAAAAUACUGGAUGAACUUGUUUAGGGUUAAAUAUGCCUAUAAGUAUAGUCUGCCUGUUUUGGAAAUGGACUCAAAGUUCAAACCUCUGUCAAGUCUUUUCACAAGUUUAAAACAAGGUCCAUGUUAAAAGAUAAUUUUUUGCCAUAAUAGUUAGUCAACAACACCUGCAUGCUUUAAUAUACAGUAAACACACAUUUUACGUGCUAAAAACCUGCUUUUACAUCGGUUGUUUUGGGUGUAUUGCAUUGUCGACAGUAUUGGUGUAAAGUGUCAAAUAUGUCAAUAGGUUUUGGAGAUUGUGGAGAAAAUAAGUGUUCUGGAAAUGAAAAGUCUUGAUCAGACUGUCUUUUCAUUUUUUUAAGUUUGUCUUCUGAUGCAGUUUAUUGCAAUGUACAGACUGCAAAAAAGAUAAUGUUAUGGUUUUUAUCAUAAAAUGUGUUUUGUGUUUCA